AUGAGCCGUUGCCGGAGACUGUCUGCGCUCUCGCUGCCGGUCGUCGUCCUGCUGCUGCUCCUUACGCGUCGGCUCGAUCUGACGCAGCUCUCAACCCAGUUCGCGCUAUCUGCCAUUGUGUCGCCGGUGCAGGCACUCUACCCACCGCCACAGCUGCUCGCACGCAGGGUGGCCGAGCGUACGCCUCCGCACUUGGCGCGCGCGCAGUGGCGCGCGCAAUACGCGCCGAGCAACGUCUCGAUCGUCUCGAUCGUGAGCUCUGGCUACCGGCAGUGGACAGAUCAUCUGGUGGCGAACAUGCGCGCGCUUGGCCUCCUAUCUUACCUGAGGCUGAUCACGAACGACGGUAGAUGCCACGCGUACCUGCUCGCGAGCGGGAUCAACGUGCAGCUCACGCCCAGCUCGACGCGUGAUGGAUCGGGGUCAGCGGAGCUGCGUUACGGGACGGUGGGCUAUCAGAAGCUCGUGCACCAGCUGCCCGCUGUCGUACUGCGGGAGUUCCGUGUAGGACGCUCGGUGCUCUUCCUGGAUGCGGACAUCACGCUUCUCGCCAACCCGCUUGCCUACCUCGCGCCACUGGGCGGGGACAUGUAUGUGCAAGAUGAUCUUCGCAAGCCCGAUUCACGCUUCAAUGGUGGCUUCUUCUUUGCCGCCGCCUCGUCGCAGACGGAGCGUGUCUUUAUCGACAUGGACGAGUACAUUCGUGCGCACCCGACCACAAAUAAUCAGCCUGCCUUCAACUGGGCUCUGCUGAGGCACGCGCGCCGCCUGCGCAUCCACGUGCUCGAUCCGCUCCUUUUUGCGAACGGCCAGGCCUUCUUCGACCUGGGCACUGCUGCCACGCGCAUCUUGCCAGUGCUGGUGCACCACAACUUUGCAGUGGGUGUGGGCACCAAGGUGGAACGCGCGCGUCGCCACGGGCUGCUGGUUGAACGCGCCGACCUCGGCUCGCUGCUCGCGAACUACUCGAUGGCCCACUUGUCGCGGACAGAGUCAUGA